UGCCACGCCUGGUAAAGUGAGGUCCCACGCCGAAACCCUGCAGGAGGUCAAUCACAGCCUAAUCUCAGGUGCAGUCAUCAUCAUGUCCAACACAGGCCCCAUGCGCUUCAUCCUCAAUGCCCCCCAACCGUCGACGCCCGUCCUAGUGGCCUUAAAGGUGCUGUUGUGCAUCAUCCCCAUCGCUCAGAUCGCCAUGGGCGCGGUGCACCUGGACGACUGCCCCCGCCAACACUACAUCCCCAUCUACCUGAUCGUCGUGGGCGUCUUCUUCACAAUGCUGGUGCUGCUUGUUUGCCUGCCCUGCGCACAGCAGCCCGAAGAUGGGCCCCCGAACCCUCUCUGCCGGUUCUGCCUGGGCUGGAACUCGCUCACGGCGUUGUUCCUCAUCUGCUGGUUCAUCGCUGGUAAUGUGUGGAUCUAUUCUAUUUAUGAGCCCAACUACUACAAGAACGUGACAAGUCUGGAGCACUACUGUGACAAGACGCUCUAUCUGUUUGCCUUCUGGACCACCACGCUGGUCUACAUCCUGGUGGGUCUGGUGGUGGUCAUCGGCUUCCUCGUCCUGCUCUUCCUUUACCUGUGCGGCCAGGCGGACCCUGAUGACUACAUCUAGAGGACCUUUCACCAAAGAUUGAGCGUGCCGCUAAGGCAUCAUGACAUUAUGGUCGCUGGAUGAACUCCAUGAAAUAAGCUUAGUGGAGCAGUAAGAAUAUGCAUCACUACUGGCAGACGCUUGUUAGGUAUUUCUGCGCACAAAACACCAAAAUGUUCCUUUAAUGGGCUUCUUAAUGGGAAUUUUUCAUGUAAUGCACGGAUGUCCAAACCUUUUCCACUGAGGGCCACAUAAAGAAACAUGUAAGGAUUCGGGGGCGUAUUUUGAUACAUUUUGCGUUUUAAAGAUACUAAAACCAAUCCAAUUUAUUUAUCACUGUAUGCUGAUCUAUAUGAACCACACAUCUUAGCUUUUAGCGACAAAGCAAAUGAGUGUAAUUUCUAAUAAUAUUCUCAUUAAUAAUGAAUUCAUUCACCGCGGGUGAAAAAUAGCCACCCAGGCUGCACUUUGGACAUUCCAGAUCUAGAGCCUCCAAUUCCAGUGCCUGUUUUUGGGGAUGUGGGAGGAUUCUGUGUGUGUGUUUUUAUUUUAUUGCCAAAUAAAAAGGAAAGGGUCGACAAAAAAGGAAAUAAUACAUGAGGGGGAGUUGUUCAAAGCAGAAAUGGUCCAACCUCUGACUGGUGUUGUUAAAACCUAUACAAAACGUUUCUUUUUACGAUUUUUGGUCUUUUAAAUAAAUAUGGGACAUUUGUUUUUUUCUUGGCCCUCAUUCUAAAAAUACAAUUACACAAGAAAACUAAAAAAGAAACCACUACAGCGAUAAGUGGAAAAAAAGACUAAUACGCCAUGUCACUAAUAACAAAAAGCUGUUCUGGUCCUGCAGUACCGCUUCCAGGCCACUAGAUGCCCCUCUGCGCCAUUUAAACUCCAGUAUGCUGCUCACGACCAAACAAAUCACAUACAAUACUUUAUUGAUUGUACAUUAAUUUUUCCAGUUACAAAAUUAACAUAAUUUACAUUGAAAAUAAAAAAAUACACUCACAAUGUAUGCUUUAUU